UUUUCCCCGCGUAGCUUUGCUUGCGAGGUUGUCUUCGUUUUCUGCAAUUCUCAAUUCACAAAGCCAAAAAAUAAUAAUAAAAAGCACCCUGCAACUCACCACUUAAUUAAAAGGCCAAAAAUUAUAAAAGAGCACAUCAACAGUCUCUGUUGUUAUUGUUAUUAUUGUUACAGUUUUUAUUUGUUAAGUGUCCCUUCCUCCUUCUUUUGGAUCGGAUCUGAGUUUCAUGUUCUACGGACUAGAAGAGCAAAGACACACACCAAACCGAAGUUGUUUCACUUUCUUCAGAACUUGUUCUAUAGCCAUGGAACAAGGUUUCUUCUUCUGGCAUAACAUUGCAGUGUGUCUCCUUUGGUGAUAAGCAAGUUAAGAAUUUGUUGAUGGAGUCAGCUGUUGAUGAAAUUGAGUCUUUGCCAGAGGUUCAGAAUUCAGUUUCUGGGGUAGAUCAUGAUCCUCCUUCGACAUCUGGGACUCCGAAUUCAACUGCUCCUCAUACUUUCGGCCUCAAUGACACAGUUGAGAGUUGCUUAGCGAAGAACAUUGUCACAAUGGAAAAGAAAUUGGGCAUCAAACCAAAGUUUGAAGAUGCCAAGAAUUAUGAUUUGAGCAGCCAAAUGGAAUCUGGGAAACACAAAUCUGGUGCAUUGAAUGGAGUUGCUGAUCAAUCGGAGAUUACUUGUUGUCCGAGCCCUCAGAAUAGUUUCUAUUCAGAAGCCAAACAAAGCUCUACAAUUGCUGGAGUCAGUGAAUGUGUAAGUGUUGAUAAGUCUGUUGAAAGCGGAGAAGCUGUGAAUUCGGCCGAAUUCAACGAGAGCAGGAAGAGCAGCAUCUGUAGAGGGAGUACAGGAAGUGAUGUUAGUGAUGAGAGCAGCACCAGUAGCUUCAGUAGUGCUUUGUAUAAACCCCAUAAGGCAAAUGAUAUAAGAUGGGAAGCAAUUCAAGCUGUCCGAGCUCGGGAUGGAGCUUUGGAAAUGAGGCAUUUCAGGUUGUUGAAGAAAUUGGGGUGUGGAGACAUAGGAAGUGUAUAUCUAGCUGAGUUAGGUGGCACAAGGGCUUGUUUUGCUAUGAAAGUAAUGAACAAAACGGAGCUGGCGAAUCGCAAUAAACUCCAGAGGGCUCAAACGGAGAGAGAGAUAUUGCAGUCUCUUGAUCAUCCUUUUUUACCAACUUUGUAUACUCACUUUGAGACAGAGACAUUCUCUUGCUUGGUAAUGGAGUUUUGCCCCGGCGGGGAUCUGCAUGCACUCAGACAAAGACAACCGGGGAAGUAUUUUUCCGAGCAUGCUGCCAGGUUUUAUGUGGCAGAAGUUCUCCUUGCUUUGGAGUACUUGCACAUGCUUGGAAUCAUCUACAGAGACCUUAAACCGGAAAACGUGUUGGUGAGGGAAGACGGUCAUAUAAUGCUGUCGGACUUCGAUCUCUCUCUAAGGUGUGCAGUCAGUCCUACUGUUGUAAAGUCCACAAACUCUUUCUUGGAAAUGAAAACCUCAGGAUAUUGUGUUCAGCCGGCCUGCAUUGAGCCGACUUGCGUGAUGCAGCCGGACUGCAUCCAGCCUUCAUGUUUUACGCCGCGCUUUCUUAAAGGGAAGUCGAAGAAGAAAGAAAAGAAGUCAAAACAAAAGAAUGAUGUGCAUAAUCAGGUGACCCCACUCCCUGAGCUCAUCGCCGAGCCCACGAAUGCGAGAUCAAUGUCAUUUGUAGGAACACACGAAUACUUGGCACCCGAAAUAAUCAAAGGUGAAGGACAUGGUAGUGCUGUAGACUGGUGGACAUUUGGGAUAUUCUUGUAUGAGCUUUUGUUUGGUAGAACACCAUUCAAAGGCUCAGCAAACAGAGCAACUCUGUUUAAUGUUGUUGGCCAGCCCUUAAGGUUCCCAGAAACCCCUACAGUAAGCUUUGCAGCCAGGGACUUAAUCCGGGGUUUACUCGUGAAAGAGCCGCAGAAUCGGCUGGCCUAUCGACGCGGAGCGACAGAGAUAAAACAACAUCCGUUCUUUCAUAAUGUUAACUGGGCGCUGAUCCGCUGUGCGAGUCCUCCAGAGGUGCCAAGGCAGGCCAUGAAGGCCCUCGCAGCGGAAAAGCCGCCUGGUGUCAAGCCUUCUGGUAACUAUUUAGAUAUUGAUUUCUUUUGAUCCUAAUGUCUGUUUUUUCCUUCUUUGGAAUAGUUUCUAUCUUUUACUUUGUGUUGUUAUGUCUCCUUGGUUCUUUUCAAUUUGUAUAAAAGGAUGCAACUCUUUCCCCCUGCGUUGAUCAAAGCUUGUAAUUUGUCCAUGAUAAACUGCUGUAAGAAACUCCAAAACGCAUUCAGUUAAGGAUCAAAGUUUCUAUUCUCUCGUAUAAAUUAAACACUCAC